AUGGCCAAGUACGUCUGUGGCUUCUACUACGUGAAGGGAGGCGACAAUCCGAGGCUGCUCCCUUACAAAUAUUACCUGCCGCAGGUUGAUCUCUCCGUCCACGCCACCAUCAUCUCGUCUACCUCCCGCACAUCGCUGCGCCAGAAGUUCGUCAACCCGUCCACGACCGAGCCCAUUCCCGAGCUGCGCUACACCUUCCCCAUCUACGACGGCGUCUCCGUCGUAGCCUUCAAGUGCACCAUCAACAAAGACCGUGUCAUCCACGGCGUCGUCAAGGAGAAGCACAAGGCUCGCCAAGAUUACCAGAAGGCUGUCCGCAAGGGAAAAGCGGCUGCCUUGCUCGAGCAGCUGCCUGAUGCCAGCGAUGUCUUCACCACUACCGUCGGCAACGUCCCUGCCGGCGCCGAGCUUGUCGUCGAGCUUGUUUAUCUGGGCGAGCUCAAGCAUGACGCUGAAGUCGACGGCGUUCGCUUCACCAUCCCCACCGUGAUUGCCCCUCGAUACGGCUCCUUGCCCGGCCAGCUGGGUGACAAGCCGCCUAACGCCGGCAACGGCAAGCUGGACAUCGUCGUCGAUGCUGAGAUGCCUGUGGGCUGCAACAUCAAGACUAUCCAGUCUCCAUCACACCCAAUCUCCGUCAAUAUCGGCACUCUCUCGACAGCUGCCGACUCCGACCAGCCUUCGCUGCACAAGGCCUCCGCAACUCUAGCUCUCGGAUCGGCCGAGCUGGAUAAAGACUUCAUCAUUCAUGUCGUUGCUACCAACACGGGCGAGCCCGUCGCCGUCUUGGAGACCCACCCAACCAUCCCCUCGCAGCGUGCUCUCAUGACGACCCUUGUCCCCAAGUUCACUCUCCCUCCCUCGCGGCCAGAGAUUGUCUUCCUCUGCGAUCGUAGUGGCAGCAUGGGCCUGGGACAUCAGAUCCCCAAUCUCAAGUCUGCUCUCCGACUCUUCCUUUGCUCCCUUCCCGUCGGAGUCAAGUUCAACAUCUGCAGCUUCGGAUCGCACCAUACCUUUCUUUUCCCCGAGGGCUCUCGCUCUUACGACAAGGGCAGUCUUGAUGAGGCCCUGCGCCAUGUCAAGACCUUUGAAGCCAAUUACGGCGGUACCGAGAUGUACGCACCCCUGGAGGACACAUUCAAGCGCCGUUACCAGGACAUGGACCUCGAGGUCUUCCUCCUGACCGAUGGCGAGAUUUGGAACCAAGUACGCCUCUUCGACAUGGUCAACAAAUACGUUGCCGAGAGCGACGGUGCCAUCCGUCUCAUGACCUUGGGCAUCGGCAUGUAUGCCAGCCACAGCCUCAUCGAGGGUUUGGCUCGUGCUGGCAAUGGCUUUUCCCAGUCUGUGGGCAAGAACGAGAACAUGAACAGCAAGGUUAUUCGCAUGCUCAAAGCCUCCUUGAUGCCCCAUGUCACCGACUACAGCCUCGAGAUUCACUACGCCGACCCACACAAGAACGUGCCGGGCGAAGGCGGCGACAACAAUGACGAUGAUGACUACGAGGUGGUCGAGAAAGUUAUGGAGGGACUCUCUAUCGAUAGUGAGAAGGAAGGCAAGGAGGUAGAGGCUGGCCCUGUCACCAAGGCCACGUCACUCUUCGACCCUAACAUCAAGGAGGACACGGCAAAGGACACGGCCAAGUCGCAAAACGCCGACAACAAGUAUGCUCAGGUUCCACCCAUCGAGCACCCGAAGUUGCUCCAAACCCCAUUCAAGAUCCCGACCCUUUUCCCCUUCAAUCGAACCACGGUCUAUCUCCACUUGUCCCCUGAGACAUGCCAACAGCCUCCACGCUCGAUCACUCUCAAGGCCACUUCCAAGCACGGACCCCUGCGGCUCGAUGUCCCCAUCACCAUCCUCCCUGAGAAGGGAGAGACAAUUCAUCAGCUUGGUGCCCGCAAAGCAAUCCAAGAGCUUGAGGAAGGCCGGGGUUGGCUCUUCCAUGCCACGGACGACUCCGGAAAGCUGCUAAAGGAGAAGCUUGAGGGCCGCUUCAGCGACAUGGUUGAGCGCGAGUGCGUGCGUCUGGGUGUCCAGUAUCAGGUAGCGGGUAAGUAUUGCUCGUUUGUCGCCGUGGAGGGCAACAAGAUGGCGUCCAAGAAGGACCGGGAGACCCACCAGCCACUUGCCGAGGGUGAAGCCAUGCGCACAGCACCGGCGAUCACCUCUGAGGAAGAGGGAGAGGUCGAGGACGAAGACGAAGAGGUGGGUUUCGGUUUCUUCGAUGUCGAUCGUAGCAAUAUGCGUAGCGAUAUGCGCACGGCCCCGGUCCCGCCUCCGCCUGCGGCCCCGAUGUUUACUUGGGGUAGCCCAUUCGGCGGCCCGGCCUCACCCUCCGUUGCCACUCCCUUUGGCGCAUCGGCCUCACCCGGCGUGGCCACCCCCUGCGUGGCCACUCUCUUUGGCGCAUCGGCGCCAUCCAGCGCUCGCUUCAGUGCACGGGCCUCUGCCCCGACGAUGCGCAAGUCCAUGAACGCGUCCGAUACACGCUGUCUUGUAGGCAGGGACGUUGCAGACGAGGACGACGACGAGGACGACUUGCCGCAGGACCAUCUGCAGUCAAUCAUUAUGCUGCAGUCUUUCGAUGGCUCCUGGACUUGCAGCGACAAGCUGGUCGAACUCCUGGGCGUCACCGAGAACGAUAUCGAGGCUGCUCUUGCGAAUGGUAGCGGCUCCCUAGUCAAGAACGACAUCACGAUCACAGCAGCUGUAGUGGCAUGUCUACGCAAGAAGUUUGCCGACAAGGAGGAUGAGUGGGACAUGGUGGUCGAGAAGGCAAUGGACUGGCUGCGGGAGAAGGCCGGCCCGGACGCAGAGGUUCUGGUUCAGUCGGCCGAGCCGUUGUUCAGCAACGAGUAG